AUGCAAAUUGUUCUUGCCUGCAUGAAUCUAGACCUUGCAUUAAGGAUUGAGAAACCCCCUUCUCCUACGGAUUCCAGUAUCUCUGAACAGAGGAAACUUCAUGAGAAGUGGAAUCACUCAAAUCGCAUGUGUCUUAUGAUCAUUAAGCGUGACAUUCCUGAGGUCUUUUGGGGUACGAUUUUAGAUGAUAUAACUAGUGCCAAAGAAUUCCUUGCUGAAAUUGAAAAGGGUUUUGCAAAUAACAUUAAGGCGGAAACAAGUACUCUCCUCCAGAACUUGAUUUCCAUGAAGUAUCAAGGAAAAGGAAAUGUCAGGGAAUACAUUAUGGGAAUGUCAAAUAAAUGCUUCAAAAUUAAGGGCACUAAAGUUAUCAGAAGACUUGCUUAUUCAUUUAGUGCUGAUUUCUCUACCUUCACAGUUUAG